CGGCCCAAUUAGAAGGUUUGGAUAUGGACGACGACGAAGAAGAUGACGCCAAGAGCAUGGCCACUACCGAAACUCAAAAUCAUCAAUAUUUGGCCAAGUCCCAAUACUUGGCAUCGGAAGAAACCUUCGAACGCAAUUCCAAAUUGGCCGUGAAGAAGGAUAUGCUCGAAAGUGAAUGGUCCACCUACAAUCCCAAUGCCAGAGCAGCAGCAGCAGCAACGAAUGUGGCAAGUACAACAAACAGUAGUAGUAGUAGUACUAGUGAGAGUACAGAAUUUGAAGCGGGCAGCAGUAGCACUACAACUACUUCUACUACUUUCACCAAUUCUCAAAGAAGUUUGGUAUGA